AGAUUGGCGCCCUCGGCCCUGGCUGCGCUUGAGCCGCGGCUGCGUUUGUGCGAGCACGGGCCGCGGCACAGGUCGCUGCUGAGGCGGAGGCCUGUGAUUUGGUCUGGGCGAUUGCCAGCCCGGAGGCCCCACCGCCGCAGCCACACCCGCCGAAGGCGCCGCCUUCGAAGCGUCAGAGGGUGAGCAGCGUGUGCAAGGCCACUCCGAAAGCUGCCGCGCGACUGGCGCCGUCGGGUCGGGUCCCAAAGGCGCAUGAGCGAAGCAGUUGCCGCAAAGACCUGGGGAGAGCAAGUUGCAGCUCACAAGUCUGCGCUGCUUGCGCUACGCGCGCGGUUGCAGAAUGUGAAGUCCCAGCUCCCCCGUGCGCAAGCGGCACUGUCCGACACCGCCACCUGCCUCAGCCGAGCUACGGCGGCAGUGGAGGAAUGGUCUGAGUCCAGGUCCGAGGCUUUGAUGCUGAGUGCCCGCACCUUGACCAGCAUUCAAGAGCAGCUGGCCGCGGCGAAGGAGGCCUUGGAGGCCUCUGCCUUCGAGCGCGGCGACAAGUCGAUGCCCAUGAUGCGGCUGAGCAACGGCAAGCCGGCUGUGGACUUCUCUCCUUUCACCCGCGCGCGCUGGGAAGCCGAACGCCGAAAGGGGGAGUCCAUGUUGGCCUCGGAGGGCGACGGCGUGAAAGUGUACCUGCAGGACGUGCCGAAGCCCUUUCCAGAGGAGAAGGCCUGCAGUCAGGUGCGGGGGCGCCACGUGCUGGUGAACAACGCGGAGAAGGCCAAGAAGAUCUACCUCGAGAUGUCUGUCACAGGCACGGCAGACCGCGGGGGCUUCCUGCGCCACGCCUCCUGCGCCACCUUCGCGUCCCUGGCCUCUGAGCGCUCCGAGUGCCCCUCCGCAAGGCAGGGUGGCGACUUGGGCUGGAUCUCAAAGGAUCCCAACCCCUCCAAGCUGAACCAGGUGGCACUGCACUGCCCCCGGAGCGCCUGCAGCCCUCCGUUCAAGAGCGGCAGCGGCUUUCACCUCUUCUUCUGCGAGGAGCGAAGAUGAACCCACCAGCAAGUUGCCAUUACCAAUGCUGAG